AUGGAGUUAUCUAAAAAAGACGCGAUGCCGGUAUUGCUCGAUAGCGACGGUGAGGUCGUUGAUGAAGAAAUAGAUCUUAUACAGGAAUAUGUGGAUGAGGUAGAGCAAGAGCUUUUAAAAAGACCAGACGCAAUGCAACAAAAAGGUGAUUCCGCAAAUGGAAGAAAUGAAGAAAGGGUAGCAGAGAAGGAAAAAAAUAUUUCAGAUUCAACUUCGCAAGUGGAAAACAAAAAAGCCACAGAAUGUGGUAUAAGUUCCAACCUUAAAAGCAAUACCACCACAGCUGUAGAACAAGAAUACAGAACUAAAGACAAUAUUCAACCUUCAAUUCGUAAAAGAAGAAUUAUCAAGCCAGAAACCGAUAUUAAUGAGGAUAGUUCAAACACUUUGGAUACACAAAUAACGCCACCAACCAAUACUAAUUCGAAAGGAAAAAUGCCUAAUCGACAAAAUGUAGAACCUUUUCGUUUAAAUAUCUACCAUCUUUUGACCCUUUCUUCGGCAAACAUUGCGCCAAUAACAUCAGCGAGAAAAGAUAAUUUGCAAGCGCCAUUUCACCCUUUUUUUAGAAAACGUAAUGCUUCCAUGUCUACAAGCACAUCUGAUAUUUCAGACAACUCUGCAAGUACACACGCAUCAUCUGACACAGCUGCCAGUAUUGAUAACCUUAAUACCUAA